UUUUUCUUCUUAACUUCACCAUCUUCAAAAAAAUAAGAAAAAUAUCUUCAGUCUCUAAUAUCUUCAGCUCAGAAAAACCAAGCGAAUUUGCUUCAUCACUCAUCAAAAACAAUAUCAUCUUUCGUCUUUCUUUAUUGAUAAAAUAUGUCGAAAAUACAUCCAAAUUACGAAAACCCGUUGAAGGAAGUUAUUUACUCCGAUGAUAAACUAGGUGAUAGUCCAACGAAUUUAACGGUUUGGAAGAAAUCGAGCAUGUCGUUUCAAGGUACGGAUGGGUUUACGGUUUUUAAUCAACAAGGAAAAUUAGUGUUCCGAGUCGAUAACUACUCAAGGAAAAACCGGUGUUUGAUCGGUGGACUUGUUCUCAUGGAUGGUAUUGGAAGAGCCCUCAUGACUCUUAGACCUCGGUUGUUAAGCAUGCAAUAUCAAUGGAAUGGAUACGAGGGAGGAGAAGAUGAAUGUAAAAAUGCCACCAACACACCAAUAUUUUCAAUGAGAAGAAGAUCCAUUCGCCGGAAAAGCAAUGAAGAAGCUGAAAUCUUCUUUAGCACUAGUGACUCUGGCAAGUCAGUAUCACCUGAUUUGCGAAUCGAAGGUUCAUUUAGACGGAGAAAUUGCAGUAUCGUCACCCACGACGGCAAGAAAGUAGCGGAAAUAUCAAGGAAGAAAGUAAAUAACACGACAGUCGUUUUAAAUGAUGAUGUUUUUAGUCUUGUUGUUGAACCAGGUUUUAAUUGCGAUAUAGUUAUGGCUUUUGUGGUUAUCAUGGAUCGUACAUGCCAGAAACCAUUCAUGCCCGUCUUAUGUAGAAGUAGUAGUAGUUCUUGAAAGAAACGUUAGAGCUGAAUCUGAUUGCCACAGUGGAUUAUAGUUCGAGAAAAAUACAGGGAAGGAUAACCAGUGGGUGGUUUUCACGUUCACAAUUUUCUUUCUUUUCCGGUUUUGUAUAGUCUAGUGGGAGUGAAUAGGACAAUAAGGAUGAGUAUACGUUAUUGGAUCCUUGGAGAGAAUGUAAAUAUUUAAAGAUAUAUAUACUUACACUUUUGAUCAAA